UAUAUUCCUUCACUCUAUAAACUGCUUUUUCUGAAGCUCCUGCUGAUCUCUCUUAACCGCUUCCCUCCACCACCACCGCCUUCUUUCUCUCUAAUGUACCUCUAGGGCUUCACUUCUUGCUCAACAACAAUGGAUUUCAUCUCUACAAACUAUGCCAACGCAGUUCCUUUCUCUACUGACCACAAAUACGCGCCAUCUCAAGCUCCUUUCCAUGCCGCGGUGCUGAAAAGGAGCAAGAAGAGAUCGUUGCCUGUGCGAGUCUCCAAUUUUGCGGCAGCGGCUUCGGAAGCCGGGGGUUUGGUUAAUGGCGCCACGGUGAGGAGGAGCUUAGCAGCGACGAGAGAGAACGAGGCCCGGGCCUUGCAAUUGGGCAAGUCCAGCAGUGCCUUGGAGCAGCUCGACAUCGAGCGUGGCGUUUGCGUGCCAUUUCGCAAGUACUCUCCCGAGACGGUGAGAAAUAAGGUAUUGGAAUCCAGAGGGGCUGUUUUGUCGCUAAUUUCUCGAGGUGUGGAGAUAGUGUGGAAUUUGGGGUUUUACUGGUCUUCGUUGAUGUAUGAUUGCUUUGUUGGAAGAGAUGAAGAAGUUGUUCCUUAUCGUGCUCGGCAGCUUAGGACUCUCCUGUGUGAUUUGGGACCUUCUUUUAUCAAAGCAGGCCAGGUUCUUGCAAAUAGACCUGAUAUCAUUAGAGAAGAUUAUAUGAAUGAACUUUGCAUUCUUCAAGAUGAUGUUCCUCCUUUCCCCAAUAAGGUCGCUUUCAACAUCAUAGAAGAGGAAUUGGGCCAACCACUUGAAGCUGUUUUCAGUAAAAUUUCGUCGCAGACAAUAGCAGCUGCAAGUUUGGGUCAAGUGUACCGAGCUACUUUACGUGCCUCUGGAGAGGAUGUGGCUAUUAAGGUCCAAAGACCCCAGAUAGAGCCUAUAAUUUAUCGGGAUCUUUUUCUAUUUCGUACUCUUGCUUCAUUUUUGAACGGCAUCAGUCUACAAAAACUAGGGUGCAAUGCAGAGCUGAUAGUUGAUGAAUUUGGCGAAAAGCUUUUGGAGGAGCUUGAUUACACACUGGAAGCCCGUAACAUUGAAGAUUUUCUUGAGAACUUCAAGGACGAUCCAACUGUCAAAAUUCCUCGGGUUUACAAGCAACUUUCAGGGUCACGUGUUCUUGUAAUGGAGUGGAUUGAUGGCAUCCGGUGCACUAAUCCACAGGCUAUUAAGGAAGGUGGCAUCGAUGUAAAUGGAUUUUUAACAGUUGGAGUUAGUGCCGCUUUGCGGCAAUUGCUUGAAUUUGGGUUAUUUCAUGGAGAUCCACACCCUGGAAAUAUUUUUGCCAUGCGUGAUGGACGUAUUGCAUAUGUGGACUUUGGGAAUGUUGCAGUGCUUAGUCAGCAAAAUAAACAGAUCUUGAUUGAUGCUGUUGUCCAUGCUGUAAAUGAGGACUAUGUUGAGAUGGCAAAUGAUUUCACCAGGCUUGGCUUCCUGACUCCUGGGACUGAUGUCUCUCCCAUAAUCCCAGCUUUAGAAGCAAUCUGGCAGAACUCUUCUGGAAAAGGACUCUCUGAUUUUAAUUUUCGAAGUGUUACUGGGAAAUUUAAUCAAUUGGUUUACAAUUAUCCGAUCCGUAUCCCAGAGAGGUUUUCACUUGUCAUCCGUUCCUUAUUGACUCAAGAGGGAAUCUGUUUCACUCUACAGCGGGACUUCAAAUUUCUAGAGGUAAGGAUAAAACUUCUUGUUUCCUUAUUUAUGUUUUGUUAUUAAAUCUUCUUUUGAGUU